AUGAUGAGGCUCCCUGCCUCGUCAAUUGGCUUCAGCUCAGCAACUCGUCGAUCCUUUGCGACGUCAUCUCAAUCACUUCCACGUGCGCAACCAACCUCCCGGAUGCUCCUGGAAAGGAGCAGAUUGAACCAGAACUCUCGUCGCGCUUACGCAGAUGUUGCUCCAGCGAAGAAGUCGAAGAGAUUUCCAUUCUUCAAGACGAUUUGGCGCCUCACAUACCUCUCUGCGAUUGCUGGAACGGCUUAUCUAGCUUAUGGUGUUUACGACCUCAGACAUCCAGAUGACCAAUUCGAGCCAGAUCCAACAAAGAAGAACCUCGUCAUUCUAGGUACUGGCUGGGGUGCGGUAUCCCUUCUCAAGAAGCUCGAUACUGAGAACUACAAUGUUAUCAUUAUCUCUCCACGAAAUUACUUCCUCUUCACUCCCCUUCUACCAUCAUGCACAACUGGCACAGUCGAACAUCGAUCCAUUAUGGAGCCAAUACGAAGUAUAACCAGACACAAGAAGGCUGCUGUGAAAUUCUACGAAGCAGAGGCUACCAAGAUUGACCAUGAGAGAAAGGUUGUCUACAUUGACGAUAACUCUGAGAUCAAGGGUAGUUCCAGCAAGACUGAGGUUGCCUAUGAUAUGCUUGUUGUCAGUGUUGGUGCCGAAAAUGCCACGUUCGGCAUUCCUGGUGUUAGAGAACACUCUUGCUUCUUGAAGGAAAUUGGCGAUGCCCAAGCGAUUCGCAAGAAGAUCAUGGACUGCGUGGAAACUGCUACCUUUAAGGACCAAACCCGAGAGGAAGUUGAGCGUCUGCUUCACAUGGUUGUUGUCGGCGGUGGACCUACUGGUGUGGAAUUCGCCGGUGAGCUCCAGGAUUUCUUCGACCAGGAUAUCAAGAAGUGGAUUCCGGAGAUCAGUGACAAGUUCAAGGUCACCCUGAUCGAGGCUCUUCCCAACGUCCUUCCCAUGUUCUCCAAGCAAUUAAUCGAAUACACCGAGUCAACCUUUAAGGAGGAGAAGAUCACCAUCAUGACCAAGACUGCCGUCAAGAAGGUCACCGAGACAACUGUUGAGGCUGAGGCAACAGGCCCUGACGGAAAAAAGAAGAUGGAGGUCAUGCCGUAUGGUCUCCUUGUUUGGGCUACCGGAAACGCCGUCCGACCUGUUGUUAGAGACCUGAUGGCCUCCAUUCCAGCACAGAAGGAUUCGAGAAGAGGCUUGGCUGUGAACGAGUACCUUGUCGUCCAAGGUACCAAGGACAUAUGGGCCACUGGUGAUUGCGCCGUUGCCGGGUACGCCCCAACUGCCCAAGUUGCUUCUCAAGAAGGAGCUUUCCUCGCCCGUCUCUUCAACACCAUGGCUAAGAGCGAGGCCAUUGAGACUCAAAUCCACGACCUGAGCUCCAACCUCAACCUCCAGCCUGGAAAUACCGCCGAAGUCGCAAAGCAGAUCGAGUCGCAUGAGAAGCAGUUGCGUCGGAUCAAGGACAUUAAGCCGUUCCAUUAUACUCAUCAAGGAUCCUUGGCCUACAUUGGUAGCGAAAGAGCGGUGGCUGAUGUGAGCUGGUUGAAUGGCAACUUUGCUACCGGUGGUGGAUUGACGUAUCUCUUCUGGAGAAGUGCGUACCUGAGCAUGUGCUUCAGCACCCGCAAUCGUGUUCUAGUGGUCCUUGACUGGCUGAAGUCCAAAGCGUUUGGCCGUGACGUAUCCCGAGAGUAA